AUGUCUUACAGAACACAGUUCGCUGAAAUAGAUUUGGGAAAUCUGUUGGUAGAAGAUAAAUGUCCUCUAAAUGAUUACACUGAAGGAACGACAAUAGAUGAAGAUUGUCUUCGUUCAAUCUCUCUCGAAUGCACUCGUCACUUUUUCAAAAGCUUUUUUGAGUUACCAACGGAGAAAAGUGACUCCAUUACUGUUUCACUGCUCCCAAAACCCACUUUCCGUCUACCUAGAGAGAAAAAGAUACCAACGACUAAAGAACUGACAAAAUGGGAUAGAUUCGCUCGCUUGAAAGGAAUUCAGAAUCGGAAGAAGUCACGCAAAGUUUGGGAUCCUGUAUCCCAGUCUUGGAAACCAAGAUGGGGUAAAGAUAGGAUUGAUGAUUUAAAAGAUAAAUGGGUACUGGAAGUCCCGGAUAACGCAGAUCCAUAUGAGGAUCAAUUUGCCAAACUGUCUCAAGCUAAAAAGGAGCGUCGGGCCAAAAACGAGCUUCAACGACUGCGUAAUAUUGCCCGUACAGUUAAAGAAGGCCAAGCCCCUCCUAUCGGUGUUUUGACUGAAUCACAAUCAUCCAAAACUGAAUUGUCACGUGCUUUCUCAAUCGCACAAAGUUCUGACGCUUCGAUGGGUCGUUUCACAACGCCAGUAGAUAGCCGCAAACUUUCAAAGAAUGUUGAAAAAAGAUCUAAGAAAAGAAUGCCCUUGAGUCAAGUCUCGAAAAAUAUUAAAAAGAAUAAACUGAAAACCUCCAAGAAAUCAAAAGUGA